AUGAGCGCUAUCGAUGAUGCCAUGGAAGAACUGAAGAGGCAGGUUCCCGUCUACGACGAGAUGAACGGAAGGCAUUAUCCGCAUCAUCGACAACUCUUAAAACGUCAGAUUUCAGUCGCCGAGAAAUCACUGUCGCCGUCGCUAGAAGAGUGCGCAAAAGAUGUGGUGGAAGACGUAGUGAUCAAGCUUAAAGGAACCUCCGCCACUCGGAGUAUAUUUUGA